ACUAAAUCAAAUUAAACCGUCAGGGUGGAGUACGUCUAGUCGAAGCCCAUGUACCACAAUCUCAUUGUGUUUUCAGCUCCAGACCACAGCAAUCCAAAAACUUUAAGAAUUUCACAAUAAAAUAUGACUCAAUUGACUCAAUAUUAAAUUCCAGGAAUUAGGAAAGACAAACUGCGGAGGUGAGUGAGUAGGAAAAAUAGGAACGGCUGAGUUAAAAAAAAAAAAAAAUCUACUGACUUCUAGAACACAAAGCUGGUAGACUGUUGGUCAGAUCUGUGUGGUAAGACGACUGGAACGCUAUGAUGAAGUCUCAAGGACUCUUCCUCGUCCUCUUCUGCUGUCUGCCUUUAGCAGUGCUGUCCUUGACGUGCUACACGUGUGUGUUCCCGGCUAUCUCUCCAUUGGACUGCCUGAAGUUUCCUCAGGAAUGUCCCGAGGGUCAACGAUGUCUCGCCAGCACAGCUGUUGGAGUCAAAGGCUCUGUGCACAUUGUUCUGUACGAGCGGAGCUGUGCACUGCCAUCACAGUGUGAUCAGAGUGGAGAGAAACACGCCGCAGGACUCAGCUUCAAUUACACUAAUGAAUGCUGUGACAUGGAUCUGUGUAACACUGCUGCACACUUCAGUGCCUCCAUCUGGACUGGAGCAGUACUGAGCCUCUGCAGUCUCAUGCUGGUGCUGCAGCUGGCAUGAGUCAACUUGCCUUAUGCCACUUAUAUCUUAUAUUUCUUAUCUAUAAUGUGGAUAUACCAUAGACUUCUGUUGCUUUUAUUUAAUGCUAGUUAUAAAUACUACAGACUAACACAAAUCCUACCAGAACAAGGAAAUUAUUUAUUUUCUUUUUUGUGUGUGACAGAUUUAGCACACUAAGACCUGUUAAUCUAUUAAAAUAAAUGUAUUUAUAAAGCUUUCAUACUGCAUGCACAAAUUUAGACUCUGAGACAAAGAUGCAUGAACAAUAAACACACAUACACAACUUGCUUGGAAGUGCCUCUAACCACACACACGCCCUCAUCAGUGUGAGUCAUUCCGUUACUCAAUUCUCUCUCUCUUUACACUCACAGUGGUAAAGUGCGCAAGUAUACAAGUCAAUCUUCUAAAUAUACACAGGAACAGAGUGACAGUAAGAUAACAGUUUAAUAAUAGUACAUAUUUUAGAAAAAUUCUGUUCAUAUUCUAGAGCCUAUUCCUGUUUUGUACAACACGAGGACUUUUCUGCUCAUUUAUUAUGGUCAAUUGUUCUCUUUUGGCUAGUAAAAAUGUUCUUUAUAUAAAUCUCUUUUAAUAUUUUCAUAAAAUGUUUGUUACUAUUUUAAUUUACAAUCUUCAUAAAUGUAUCUAAAUAUUAAAAUGAUCUAGUAUAAAGAAGAAAUCUACUCAUUUAAUUGUCAAUUUAUUCUUUAUUAUAGCUUGUUUAAUUGCUGGUUAACAAGAAUGAGAUCUUAUAUUUGAUUGUCAUAACAUUCAUCUAAUCAAUAAAGUGUUCAUUAAUCCACAUUUGCAUUGAUGUUGUGUUGUGCAGCACACAGUAAUGAGUUAGAAAUGAAAACAGAAGUGCCCGGGCUUACAGUAUAUGACCUCAGUGGUUUAUUUCUUAUGGUAAUCUUGUGCUUGUU